AUUGGGCGUUGUUCUCAACACCUGUUGCUUAUUCUUGGAUUGUCAUUUCAUGAUUUGAAUUAGUUUUUAAUUGUGUUCAAAGAAAUUAAAGACAUUAAUUUAUAAGUUUCUGUUUAAAUUAUGAUGCUAUUAGAUUAUAGCAAUGGGUAAAAGUGAAGGAAGGAAUGAUAUUACAAUACGUGCACGAGAUUCAACUUUUCUUCCAAAGACAUCGAGUGAGGCUAGUAAAAUGUUAGAAGCUGCUUUGUUGCAAAUGGAUGACAUCAUUUCUGGUGCUUGCAUAGAAACUAAUAAUGAGGGAUGUACAGAAUGGAAAGAUUCGGUAAAAGAGGCUACAAGAAAUCUUGUGACAGCAAUUAAAAGUACUCCAAGCCUUCCUUCUGCACCUGACGCAACCACUGUUGAGAUUUUGCUGAAGUGGAUGCAACCGGAACGUUUAAGGAAAUUAGAAAAUGAACGUGGAGCCUUACGCAUGGAAGUAUCAGUUUUAUCGGAGCAGGUAGAUGCACAAUCCAAUAAAAUUCAAGAACUGGAAAAUAUGCUGAGAGAAAAGAAAGAUUCUUUAAGAAGAAUGGAAGAGACUUUACAGCAAGAAAUACUUUCAAGGAGUUCUUUGGAAACGCAAAAAUUAGAACUAUUGAACUCUCUAUCAGAAAUGAAGCUCAGACUAGCUAGCUUGGAACAUGAAAAUCUUGCACUUCGCAGUACAAGUCCCGUGUUAAAUAGAGAGAAAUUUGGAAGGCAUACCAGCCAGUAUAGUAGUCUUCCUAGGCCCCUGAGUUCUUCAAAGAAAGGCGUAGUGUUCGUCGAAGAAAACAAAAAAGUUAUUAUAGAAAAUUCGAUUUGUCGAGCACAAAUGGUUCCUCAGAAACCUUUGGCAGACCUUUCAAUGGAAGAAAUUGGAGGGUGGCUUGAAGAUUUAGGAUUGGAAUGUUAUGCAAGUGAAUUAAGACGAUGGGGCGCUACUGGAUCAAAAAUACUUGAGUUUUCCCAACAGCAACUGGAAAAAGAAUUAGAAAUUAAGAAUGUUCUUCAUAGGAAGAAAUUAUUGUAUGCGAUAGAGUCAGAAAAAUCUGGUGGAAUUGAUUUUCUUGGGUCUGAUAAGAUGGAUAGUCCUGCGGUUCUACGUUGGCUUGAUGAUAUAGGUUUGCCACAACAUAAAGAAGCAUUUCAAAAUGGUAAAGUUGAUGGUAGAAUGUUACAUAGAUUGACUACUGAAGAUUUAUUAAGCCUUGGAGUGAAUGCACAGUUACAUGCUGCUAGCUUAAGAAGAGGAAUUCAGGUUCUACGGGAAUUAAAUUUUGAGUUCGACAAUCUUGAGAGAAGAUCUACAAGUGGUAACGAGGCAGAUGGUGGUAAUGUUCAUCUCUGGACAAAUCAUCGGGUAAUGGAGUGGCUUAGAGUAGUUGAUCUCGCAGAAUAUGCUCCUAACAUGAGAGGAUCAGGAGUACAUGGAGGUUUAAUGGUGUAUGAAGGAAGAUUUACGUCUGAAUUAUUGGCGACAUUACUUAGUAUUUCUCCUGGAAAAACUCUUCUCCGGAGACAUUUGACCACACAUUUUAAUAAAAUUCUUGGUAGAGAAGUUGUACAAACGAAAAGAGAAAUUGAAAAUACUCUGGGAUUUGUACCACUUACACUUACUGCUCGUUUGAAGAUACCAAAGAAAUCUCAAUUCACAUUAAAACGUAAGAAAAGCAAAAAUGAAGUGGAUUAUGGUAAUUUGGUCUGUCCUCUGGAAGCUUCUUCAUCAGGUUCUCCAUUGGAACCUGUUUCGACUCCAAGCAGCCCUAACUUGAAUUCACCCAUAUUCUAA